UUUGCUUCGCCCCUUUUUUCUAUUUAUUAUUUUACAAGAUCUAUUUUAUUUCUCUCUCUUCUGGCUUCUCUCUCUCUCUUUCUUCUUCUUCUCUCUGAACAGUACUUGACUUGUGAAAAGAAAGAAGAAGAAGAAGCUGAGGGAAGCCAAUAGAUUCAAAAGUAGGAGGAUAUGUCUCAUUCUAGAAGGCUUUCGUUAGAACCUGCCAUAGACUCAUCAACCUCAAGAAGGUUUCGUGACUCUUUGACUUUACAGAGACACGACGAUGACGUCAACAAACCAGACUUCAGAGAACUCGAUCUCGGCUCUCCUGUCUCCACCUUAACGCCACGUGUCUCCUCCUCCUCAGCUGCGGCGACUCCCACCAGCAGCUCCGGCUCCUCAGGCUCUGUUUCUGGCAAACCGUCGGUGACUUCUCAGAUGGUGAAAAGCCACUCCGGCGAGAUUUCGAGAUCCGCAAUGCCGACGACGACGACCCGGAAUCUCAAACCGGGUCAUCGAAGAUCCUCCUCCACCGGAACGCCGUUGAUCUUCUCCGGCUCUAGCUUCUACUCUGGAGCCAGCCAAAGCUCCGGCGCCACGUCCGCGGUGUCUCCGAGCCCGACCGUUUUACCCGCCGGCAACAUUUGCCCGUCGGGUCGGAUCUUGAAAACCGGAAUGGCGACUCGGAGCUCGACCAGAGCCGAGACUCUGUGGACAGGAACCGGAAACUACGGUCACGGAAACGUAGUAAAAAGCGGCGGAGGAAGCACCGGAAAGACAAACCACGCGGUGGCGAACGGUGAAAGCUUGGAGGAGCUGAAGAGACUAGGGAACGAUAUGUAUAGAAGAGGAAGCUUCACAGAAGCUCUGUCGUUUUACGACAGAGCAAUCUCACUGUCGCCGGAGAAUGCUUCUUACAGAAGCAACCGCGCGGCGGCGUUAACGGCGUUAAGACGGUUAGGAGAAGCCGUUAAAGAGUGUCUUGAAGCUGUGAGGCUUGAUCCGUCUUACUCUAGAGCUCACCAAAGACUAGCUUCACUCUAUCUCAGAUUGGGAGAAGCUGAGAAUGCAAGGCGACAUCUUUGUUUCUCCGGUCAAUGUCCGGACCAAGCUGAUCUCCAACGGCUGCAGACGCUGGAGAAGCAUCUCCGGCGUUGCUGGGAGGCUAGGAAGAUCGGAGAUUGGAGAACCGCGGUUAAGGAAACAGAUGCAGCCAUUGCAAACGGUGCUGAUUCGUCUCCUCAGCUUGUAGCUUGUAAAGCUGAAGCUUUGUUGCGUCUUAACCAAAUAGAGGAAUCAGAGUUUUGUCUUUCUUGCAUUCCGAGAUUGGAUCAUCAUCAAUCACAGGCCAAACUAUUUGGUAUGGUAGCUGAAGCUUAUGUGCUAUGUAUCCAAGCUCAAGUUGAUAUGGCAUUAGGAAGAUUUGAGAACGGUGUUAUAAAGGCAGAGAGAGCUUCCAUGCUUGAUCAGACCAAUCCGGAACUCGUGUCGGUUUUAAACAAUGUCAAGAUGGUUGCCAAGGCGCGUAGUCGUGGUAAUGAGCUGUUUAGUUCGGGGAGAUACUCUGAAGCUAGUGUAGCUUAUGGAGACGGUCUUAAGUACGAUGGGUCCAACUCGGUUCUGUACUGUAACAGAGCAGCGUGUUGGUAUAAGCUCGGUUUGUGGGAGAAGUCUGUUGAAGACUGUAACCAAGCGCUUAAAAUCCACUCUGGUUACAUCAAGGCACUUCUACGAAGGGCUGCUUCAUAUGGAAAGCUUGGUCGAUGGGAAGAUGCGGUUAGAGACUAUGAGUUUGUGAGAAGGGAACUACCAGGAGAUAGUGAAGUUGCAGAGUCUCUAGAGAGAGCGAAAACCGCGCUAAGUCAAGAAUCUAAAAGCUUGGGAUUCAAUAACGAAGUUGAAGCAGUUUCAUCUUUGGAUAAGUUCAAGAACUCAGUUUCACUUCCUGGUGUCUCUGUGUUUCAUUUCAAAUCAUCAUCAAACCGACAAUGCGAAGAGAUCUCUCCUUACGUCAACACUUUAUGCCUCCGGUAUCCAUUAGUACAUUUCUUCAUGGUGGAUGUGGAGGAGAGCUUGGCGUUGGCCAAGGCAGAGAGUAUCAGGAAAGUUCCAACGUUUAAGAUGUACAAGAACGGAGACAAAGUGAAGGAGAUGAUAUGUCCGAGCCACCAGUUUCUAGAGGACUCUAUAAAGCACUUCCUCUUAUAAUUUGAUAAAGCCUAUCAUCAUCAUCAUUCUCUGCUUCACUAUAACUAGAUCCCAAGAGCCUAUUAUUUCAAGACAUUAAGAGAAGAAAUCUUAUAAAGAUGGGGGAAGAGCUAUUCUAUCAUUCAACAAAUUGUUCAUUAUUAUUUUUUUCUAUAUAACAUUUUGGAGUUUGACUCUGCUUGAUUUGGCUAUAUUGCUAAACUGAGCAAAUGUUCAGAAGUAUUCAAGAAAUGCAAGCUUCAUUAUCAGUU